AUGAAUUCUAGUCCAGAACCUCGUCAAAUUCCCCCAAAACCACCAGACAUCACAAAAAAUUUUGCCUCCUUGUUCAGGAAACCGUCAGUUGUGAAUAAUUCUCAAACACGUCCUGUUGCUUCAGAGAUUAAUUCCUUCACAUUUGUGGAUCCUUUUGGAUGUUUUAAUUCCAUGACUAUGCCUCUUAAUUCAAACGAAAAUCGAAGAAAGUCGAAUGUUCAAUUUGCCUCUGUUCUUCCUUCGACUGUGUCAGUUUCUGCGGAAAAUCAAAAUUCUUCUUCGAGGUUAGGAACUCAGGUUCCUAUUGAUUCCUCCAUUGAUCGAAACACUCAGGGAACGAAUUUAUUGCCUCAACCUUCUUUGAUUUCUCAUCUAAUUUCGACUUCGAAAGGUAUUUCGAUGGAUCGAGUUUUACCAAUUUCUCAUAUCUCUGAUUCUGAGAAAGGAAUUCAGACUCCAGUUGUUAUUUCGAAUGUUGAUCUUAUAACUUCUCUAAUCACACCAAGACUUGGCCUUCCAUAA